AGUCUCAUCUUCUCCAACAAUAUUCUUCACCCCUGAGAACAUCCGGAGCGAGUGGUUACGAUCGAUACGAUCGGCAUAUACGGAAGGCUGAGUCGAGGAUGUCCUGCUCAAUCCAUCUUGUGUAGUGUCGCAUCACCUCCCAAACGCGUUCCAAUUUGGCCGAUAGUUAUGAGUGACGCGUAACCAGAAUGUAGAGUAGCAAAAUUUUAAAAUAGCACAGGCUUACGACUCCAUGGGCUCUCGGUAUAGUAUCUGUGGCCAUGCCUGUUAUGCAAAGUAGGGUGCGUAUCUCUCGGUUUUGUUGGCAGCACUACCCUCGCUCUUUCCAGUCCCAACAUAAACGAUCACCGAAUCGUUGUUGAUUUAGACUACCGGGAAGCUCCAUGCUUACGACGCUCUUCGAGCAUACCCUGAUGGUAUCCGUUGCACGUCUUUCUUGUGUUCGUUUCUUGUCUCAUGUUUGAGACUUUGUGCACUACUCAGCAACAUGCCUGGCCCAUUGUUCUCUCCAUUUCGCCUUGCAGCACUCGCUACCAUCCUCCUCUUUGUCUUUGCCUUCAUUUUCUCGGCAGCGAGCAUUCAUCAUGGCAACAACCCAGUGCAGCAGAUCAAGGACGCAGCUAGCGGCGCAGCGAAUGGUCCUGGCAACAUCUUCAAGCCCGAGAAGCCCACAAUGAGCGACUCCUUCCUCCACCUCUACGAAUCGAUACGGACAAACGUGUCUGCGCCAACGUACAAGGAUCCCUCCGGAGCAGAGUUCAAGAUCAAUGAGCAUGGUCCGUGGUGGAAGAAGCCUCUGAGGAAUGAGAUCCUCAUCGUCGAUAUUGAUACUCGUGUGCCCAAUGGCGACAACGAAUUGUGGAACAGCGAUCGCAUGGAUUGGGCAAACAUGAACCCCAGUAAGGACGGUGGCAUGGUUUCCGCCUCUUUCUCGAACCACUUUCUCUACUCGCAGAUCCACGGCUACGACUACCGCUUCUUCAACGCCCGCUCCAUGGAAUCGGCUGGAUAUCACAACACCUGGGUGAAACCACACGUACUCUCUUCGCUCCUUAAAUCCUACCGCUUCGUUGUCUUCAUCGACGCCGACGCCACCAUCCAGCACCUCGAGCUGCCCAUCGAAUGGCUCUUCAACCGCUGGGGCAUCACACCAACAACCUCCAUCGCAAUGCCGCUCGACACCCGCCAAAUCCUCAACGGCGACGAAAACGCCUCCACCGACAGCAAAGGCAAGCUGGCCCUCAACACCGGCGUCGUGAUCGCCCAGGCCCUCCCGUACACCUUCGAGAUGAUGAAGGCGUGGCGAGACUGCCCAAGCGAGCGCCAGUACCCCGGGUGCGCGGCGUGGAAGCAGGCGUGGAGCCACGAGCAGAAGGCGUUCUCGGAGUACAUCCGCUGGGACUACAACCCCCACGGCACCGAGAUCGUGGAGAUUCCAUGCGAUGACGCGAUGGGGUAUCCGGGGAUCAACAAGCAUGCGCAUAUUCUGAGUAAAUGUGCAGGCACGUUCCUCAGGCAUCAUACGGUGGAUAAGGCGAUGACGAAGCAGAGCGUUGAGGAGGCGAUGUUGCAGGCCAUGACGGAUGUGACGCAUAAGAUGCUGCAGCAGAACAAAGAGAAGUUCUGGAUUAAGGAGGGGGCGGAGAAGAAGAAGCCGGCGAGGACUAGCGGGGGCGAAGCUGUUGUUCCGGAGAACAUUGCGUGAAGGCGCAUCUUGUUGUGUUGUCUUACUAUUUUUCUGUCAAGCAUUUCAGCGUCGGUCUUGUCACAAUAUGAUGUAAUGAAUCUUUGAUACCCCAAAAGACGUGUUGCUGCUCGUCUUACAACGAUGGUCAGACUCAAUACGACUCUCACACAUCUACUAGC